AUGGCUUCUGCACAUCACAGCCGUAAGCCGUCAGGUCGAGCAUCUCUUCCCAGGAGAACAACCAAAGGGCCUUUAGAUGCAGUCGAUGAUCCAUCUCUCGCCUCAUCUCGACAUUCACCUCUCCCACAACCGCCACAGGAUGAGGCCAGCGGAUCAACAGCGCAGCAAUCUGCUAAUCCGCAGCCAUCCAUCCAGCACGCUCAGCAGCCUUCCGUGCAAGUUGGUGAGCCAAUAAAGGAAGAACGAGAACUCUCAUUCCUGUUUGACACUUCCAUAUACCACCCUCUCUCACAGCUUGAAGUCCCUGGCCCUUUCAGAAAACCUUUCCUUCCACCCCCGACCAAUGAGACCUCCGUUGCACGUUCUCUUGAACAACUAGAUGCGCUUCUAUCGCAAUGCGAGUUCCUCAGAGCGGCCCAUCUCGCAGGCUCAAUUCUCACAUCUGGGACUGUACGACCUACCGAUUCCAAGACAGUGUUUCGACUCCUUGCCGUCCGAUACUCAUGCUUGGAGCUUUCGGGGAAUCUGCUACUCGCGGCGCAGGAAGCGAAAGCCCUGGAAGAUCUGAGUUCAGCAUUUUAUUACGAUGAUCCCAAUGUGGACAAAGCUGAAGACGACGAGGUUCUCCAACCUCAUCGAGUUCCUCAUCACAUUAUGCCGUUUUCUUUGCGAUUGCAGGCUUUGCGUCUUCAAAGUAUUGGGUUUUCAGACCCUCGUCGGGGCGUGUCUACGCUCUAUGAUACUGCGUUCGAAUGCAGAGAGCAUUUGUCGACUCCAAGUACUACCCCGGAACAACGGGUGUUAUGGACGGAGAGACUCCACGAGGUAUCCAUCUGGGUAGUUAACGCGCUGAUUGAGAUGGGUGAUCUUGAUUGUGCCGCUCGUACCCUUGAGACAAUCAAGCCCGGAAAUUCCGAGCAUCGAGCUCUUUGGACAUCUCGAAUGAUCUUGGUCCGAAUAAAGAUGGGAGACAUGGCGAAGGCACAUAAAUUGAUGAAGGAUUCAGAAUUCACGCCAGAAGACAAACUUGCUCUAGAGUCUCUUCUCGCCGUCGCUGAUGGCCGGUACAAAGAAGCAUCCGAGGCUCUCUCGAAGAGCGAAGCCAAGGCCGAUCCGUCCAUGACAGCCCUCGUCAAACAGAAUCUUGCUGUUGCAUACCUCUACCAAGGAGAGGUUCCGAAGGCUAAAAGCCUCCUGGAGGAGCUAAUUAAUGACGGGCACUCUUUCCAAACUUUAACCAUCAACCUCGCCACAAUCUACGACUUGACUUCGGACAGGUCUCGAGAUUUGAAGAUGUCGAUGAUUUCGCAGAUUGCCGGUCUACAAAAGGACCAAGGCCAAUCGCGUGCAUUUGUGAAUGCCGACUUUAAGAUGUGA